AUGCCUGCAUACAUUACAUUAGCAACAUGUUCACUGAACCAGUGGGCUCUUGAUUUUUCAGGAAACUAUACUAGAAUUCAAGAAAGCAUUGAUCAGGCCAAAGCCGCUGGUGCCUGUUAUCGUCUUGGUCCCGAACUCGAGAUUCCUGGCUAUGGAUGCAACGAUCACUUUCUUGAAGCUGAUACACACCAGCACUCAUGGGAGGUGCUUGCUAAAUUAUUGGAAAACCCACAGAAUGUUGGAAUUACUUGUGAUGUUGGCAUGCCAGUAAUGCAGCGAGGUAUUCUAUACAAUUGCAGGGUUAUAUUUCGUGACCACACUAUUGUGAUGAUCCGUCCAAAGAUGUUCAUGGCAGAUGACGGCGACUACCGAGAAAUACGAUGUGCAGUAAUUGGCACAGAGAUAUGCGAGGAACUGUUUACACCGCAUAGUCCACAUGUGCAAAUGUCUUUGGAUGGUGUUGAAAUAUUUACAAACGGCAGUGCAAGUCAUCAUGAGUUUUGUAAACUUGAACAACGUGUACAGCUCAUCAAAAGUGCUACUGAAAAGUGCGGGGGUAUCUAUCUGUACUCAAAUCAGAAAGGAUGCGAUGGAGAGCGUGUAUACUAUGAUGGAUGUCCUUUGAUUGUGCUGAACGGCGAUGUUGUUGCACAAGGUGCUCAAUUUUCAUUGGCGGAAGUGGAGGUGAUCACAGCAACGGUGGAUCUUGAUGAUGUGCGUGCAUACAGAUCUGGGCUGGUUAGCCGCUCUUUGCAAGCUGCAUCGAUCAAGGAGCACUUUCCAGUCGUUCAUCUAGACUCGCUUGCUCAACCAUGCUCUGUAAAAUAUCAUAGCCCGUCUGAAGAAAUCCGGCUUGGUCCUGCGUGUUGGCUUUGGGACUAUUUGCGUCGAACACAGUCAGGCGGCUAUUUUCUUCCACUUAGUGGUGGUAUUGAUAGCUGCUCGUCUGCUUUGAUAGUGUUUUCCAUGUGCGAGCUUGUUCAUGCACGUCUUGAUUGUUCAGAUAAAAAGGUGAUUCAAGAUCUUGAAGCCAUUGUGGGUGCCAGUAUUGAUACAAGCAGCAUGUCGCCAUCCAAGAUCUGUGGAUUACUGUUGCACACAUGCUAUAUGGGAACGAUCAAUUCAAGUAAUGCUACACGAGACCGGGCUGCUAUUUUAGCCAAGCAAAACAUUGCUCUUCAAAACAUCCAGGCUCGUUUGAGAAUGGUGAUAGCGUAUCUAUUUGCACAGUUGCUUCCAUGGACUCGUGAUCGUCGGUCAUCUCUACUUGUUCUUGGCAGUGCUAAUGUGGAUGAAAUGCUAAGGGGCUAUUUGACCAAAUAUGAUUGCUCGAGCGCGGAUUUGAAUCCACUUGGUGGUAUCAGUAAAGUCGAUCUUGUCGAGUUUGUCAAGCACAUGGCAGAAUCAGUGCCUGAAUUGGAUAUUUUGAGCGAAUUUGUCAGUGCACCUCCUACUGCAGAGCUUGAACCCAUUACUUUGCAACACGUUCAAACAGAUGAGGAUGAUAUGGGAAUGUCAUACAAAGAUCUGUCAGUAUUUGGUACGCUUCGCAAAAUAUCAAAAAUGGGACCUGUUUCAAUGUUCCAGCGACUUCUUCACGAUUGGGGUAGCAUGUUUUCUCCAACAGAGAUUGCUGCAAAAGUCAAGCGCAUGUUUUUUUUCUACUCCAUCAACCGGCACAAGGCAACCAUUAUGCCACCAGCCUAUCACAUGUCCAGCUAUUCUGCAGAUGAUAACCGUUUCGAUAUGCGUCCAUUCCUGUACAAUGCUUCAUGGAAGUGGCAGUUUGAGAAAAUAGAUGACAAGGCAAAGUAUGCACAAGAGUGA